AUUUGCUAAGAGAUAUCCCCUUGAUCGCGCCAGAGCCAAAUACAUUGAUAUACGAAUUUAUUUAAAGUAUUGGCUUCUAAGAGACUUGGUAAGAAUGCGCAUUUACUCGACGUUCCUUUAGCGCAGUUCCCAGUCUUCCCCACAUCGCUGAUGAAACCGUCCUAACUGCUGACCUUUUCAAGAUGGCGGCGCGAGGGUGCCACUCUCGGGAUCGCGCACCUCCCCAAGAUGGCGGCGCCCGAGGCCUGGCGCGCCCGGAGUUGCUGGUUCUGUGAGGUAGCGGCGGCAACGACCAUGGAGGCCACGUCCCGGGAGGCGGCGCCAGCGAAGAGCUCGGCCUCGGGCCCCAGCGCUCCCCCCGCCCUGUUCGAGCUGUGCGGGCGGGCGGUGAGCGCCCAUAUGGGGGUUCUGGAGAGCGGGGUGUGGGCUCUCCCAGGCCCAAUACUUCAAAGCAUCUUACCUCUGCUCAAUAUAUAUUACUUGGAGAGGAUUGAGGAAACCGCCCUCAAGAAAGGCCUCUCCACUCAAGCCAUCUGGCGCCGACUAUGGGAUGAGCUAAUGAAGACAAGGCCUUCCAGUUUGGAAAGUGUGACCUGUUGGCGAGCCAAGUUUAUGGAGGCCUUUUUUUCCCAUGUUCUACGUGGGACCAUUGAUGUAUCUUCUGACAGGCGUCUCUGUGACCAGCGCUUCUCACCUCUUCUGCAUAGCUCCCGCCACGUCCGGCAGUUGACCAUCUGCAAUAUGCUGCAGGGUGCGACUGAGCUGGUGGCUGAGCCCAACCGCAGGGUUCUGGAGACCCUGGCCAGUUCCCUGCACACCCUCAAGUUCCGCCACCUGCUGUUCUCUGAUGUGGCUGCUCAGCAGUCUCUUCGGCAGCUGUUGCAUCAGCUUAUUCACCACGGGGCUGUCAGCCAGGUGUCGCUGUACUCCUGGCCUGUGCCUGAGUCAGCCCUUUUCAUCCUCAUCCUCACCAUGAGUGCUGGCUUCUGGCAGCCAGGCCCUGGUGGUCCACCUUGCCGCCUCUGUGGAGAAGCCUCCCGAGGCCGGGCCCCAUCCCGAGAUGAAGGGUCCCUCCUGUUGGGCUCACGCCGGCCUCGCAGGGAUGCUGCUGAGCGAUGUGCUGCAGCCCUGAUGGCCUCCCGGCGGAAGAGUGAAGCCAAGCAGACGGCCAGAGCUGCACCUGCUACCCGGGUAACACGCCGGAGCACACAGGAGAGCCUGAUAGCAGGUGGGACAGACCCUAAGAGGGAUCUGCACCCUCCAGCAACCUCCUACGAGGCUCCUGGCACCAAGCGGCCACCCUCUGCUCCAGCCACCACCUCCUCUGCCUCUGCUUCCUCUUCCACAUCCUCAUCCAAACGGGCUCCAGCUAGCUCAGCCCCACAGCCUAAGCCCCUAAAGCGUUUUAAGCGAGCUGCAGGGAAGAAGGGUGCUCGCACCCGUCAGGGGCCUGGAGCGGAGUCUGAAGACCUGUAUGACUUUGUUUUCAUUGUGGCUGGUGAGAAGGAGGAUGGGGAAGAGAUGGAGAUCGGGGAAGUGGCUUGUGGAGCUUUGGAUGGAUCAGAUCCCAGCUGCCUGGGGCUUCCAGCACUGGAGGCCUCCCAGCGAUUCCGAAGCAUUUCCACCUUGGAGCUAUUCACAGUUCCGCUGUCCACAGAGGCGGCUCUGACACUGUGCCACCUGCUGAGCUCCUGGGUGUCUCUGGAGAGCCUCACACUCUCCUAUAAUGGCCUGGGCUCUAACAUCUUCCGCCUGCUGGACAGUCUGCGGGCCCUGUCAGGCCAGGCUGGAUGCCGCCUCCGUGCCCUGCAUCUCAGUGAUCUGUUCUCACCACUGCCCAUCCUGGAGCUGACACGUGCCAUUGUGCGAGCCCUGCCCCUGCUGCGGGUCCUUUCUAUUCGUGUUGACCACCCCAGCCAGAGGGACAACCCUGCCGUGCCAGGGAAUGCAGGGCCCCCUAGCCACAUAAUUGGGGAUGAGGAGAUACCAGAAAACUGCCUGGAACAGCUGGAGAUGGGAUUUCCACGGGGAGCCCAACCAGCCCCACUGCUCUGCUCUGUACUGAAGGCCUCAGGUUCUCUGCAGCAGCUGUCUCUGGAUAGUGCUACCUUUGCCUCUCCCCAAGAUUUUGGGCUUGUGUUACAGACACUCAAAGAGUACAACCUAGCCCUGAAGAGGCUGAGCUUCCACGACAUGAAUCUGGCUGACUGUCAGAGUGAGGUGCUCUUUUUGCUACAGAAUCUGACUCUUCAAGAGAUUACCUUCUCCUUCUGCCGUCUGUUUGAGAAGCGCCCGGCCCAGUUUCUGCCUGAGAUGGUUGCUGCUAUGAAGGGCAACUCCACACUGAAGGGCCUCCGGCUGCCAGGGAACCGCCUGGGUGGGGGCAGGGCCCUGGGAAGGGACAGGGGUGAAGGAGCCAGUUCUUUGACCUCAGAAUUCAGUGGAGGAAGGCAUAGGCCUCUCCACUGGGAACAUAGGGGUUGGAAUAUAGUUGUGUGCUGGGGCUUUUGGAGGCUGGGCUUCUCCCCACCAGAAAUGGGUUGGGAUACCAUUGUUCCCUGUUCUUGGGUGGUUAGACAUUUCUCCCCUUCUCCCCAGGGAAUGCUGGCCUGCUGGCCCUGGCAGAUGUUUUCUCAGAGGAUUCAUCCUCCUCUCUGUGUCAGCUGGACAUCAGUUCCAACUGCAUCAAGCCAGAUGGUCUUCUGGAGUUCGCCAAGCGGCUGGAGCGCUGGGGCCGUGGAGCCUUUGGUCACCUGCGCCUCUUCCAGAACUGGCUGGACCAGGAUGCAGUCACAGCCAGGGAAGCCAUUCGGCGGCUCCGGGCCACUUGUCACGUGGUUAGCGACUCGUGGGACUCAUCCCAGGCCUUCGCAGAUUAUGUCAGCACCAUGUGAUGGGGCCCAUGCUUCACAGGCCCAUGCUCAGCACCAUCAGCUUGCAGGGGCUGAGACAUGGGCUGCCCAGAACUCCCAAACACCAAUUCUGUCUUUCUCUUUCUGCAACCUUUUUUUCUCUUUUUCCUUCUUCCCUUGCACUGAGGUCCUGGAGGUCUUGCUGGGCUCAGCAAAGUCACUCUCACAACUGGGUUUAGAGCCUUUGGGCCCCUUACCCACUACUCUCGGAACCCUGGGCCAGGUUACAGUGCUCAUCAGUCACUGAGGACAGCUCCUCUCCCCCUGCCUGAGGUUCCUGCUUUCCUUCCUCAAGCAGGUACCCAGGCUUUAGAGAAGUACAGGAGUGUCCACUACCAGGCCUCUUCUCUGCUGGGCUCACCAUGCUGCUCCCAAGCCUCAGUCCCUUUCAUACCUUUAUUCCUUUCUUUUUUUUAACCAAAAAAGUUUUUCUUAUAAAAUAAACUUUGGGCAAACAUCA